GUUUGACGGCUGAAAAUAUUUAUAACUUGCUGGAAAUAAAUUGCAAUCCCUCUCAAAAGGCAACAUUUGAAACUUUCCCAGCAUGUUCUCUUACUGGCAUUCCAUAUGUGAAAGAAUGGUAUUUUGCAGUUCAGUCAAUAUGUGGAUUUUCCCAGUUUUGUAGUACCGACUGGGAGGACAUCAGUUUUGAUGAAGAGACAGAACAAAACAAAAGCUCUGUUCGAAGAAAUAUUAAAGAAUAUCUUGCUGAUCAAAAUGUUGAGGAAGAAGAUAAUAGUUGGGAAUCAGUAUCACUCAUUGAUCUAUAUGAAGAAUCUGCGGAGAGCAUACAUCUUUUAGCAGAUAAACUUCCUGCUCCUGGAAAAGCAAUGGUUGAUGUUAUUCUCCAGUCUUCAGAAACAGAGGCCCCUCAGUUAAAAGACUGUUUACCUGUCAUUGGUGCUUUAAAACACUUAAGGGAAUGGCAUGCAGCAAAGAUCACUAUUGUAGCAAACAAAAGCAACACUACUUGGCAAAAAUUUGCAGAAUAUCUUUCUGCUGACAUAUUAGCUCCUGAAAACUUAACAGACAGCAUUGAUUCAAGGGAAUUGUGGAGAGGAAAGAUUCAAAUAUGGGAACAAAAG